AUGCCAGGACAUAUGGGAAGUGCUUUUCGACCUUUGCGUGGCAUACAGAUCUUGAGGAUCAAUUUCGAAUACCAAAUAAUAUACGUAAAGGGAUAUAGUGUCCCUGGUUCGAUCGGGAAUUAUAUCUACGUCAAAGAUUGCUGGAUUCCUUCAAAGCGAGUCGAGUUCAGUUAUUUGUUGAAACGUUCGAAGGGAACUCUGGUACUUGCCGAGUGCAGUGCUGGCCAUGAUCUGAAUCUCAUCACGCUAAAUGCGAUUUCAGCGGCAGCGAAACUUGGCGAUGUGUCAUGUUUGGUCGUUGGCGAAAACAACGAAUCGGCUGCAUCGAAAAUCAGCACCGUAAAAGAAGUGCAGAAAGUGUUGUUUGCCCAGGAAGCAGAUGAAUACGUUUUUCUUCCACAUAUUAUUUCGUCCAUAAUUUUGAACUGCCAUAAAAAGUACAAUUUCGAUUACAUUUUGGGAGCUUCUUCAACGUUUAGCAAAGCUGUUCUGCCUCGAGUCGCAGCAAAGUUGGAUAUGUCGCCAUUAACGGAUAUAACAGAAAUUAAGGAACCAGACACUUUCGUUCGAGCCAUCUAUGCGGGUAACGUAAUCUGUACUGUCAAGUGCCUGGAUCCUAUCAAAGUCAUCACAGUCCGCCAUACGGCAUUUCAAGCAGCGAAACUGGGCUUGGGCAAAUGCGAGAUCGAAAAUGUGCCUAAAGGUGAACACAAGAAACUUAACUGCCAUAUAAUCAAACAGGCGUUGGAUACAUCUGAAAGACCGGAUCUUGCCAAUGCGAAAAUCGUCGUUUCUGGAGGACGAGGGCUGAAAAAUAAGGAGAAUUUUAAAAUUGUUUAUGACCUCGCCGAUGCUUUGGGAGCAGCUGUAGGUGGCUCUAGAGCUGUAGUUGAUGCCGGGUUUUUGUCCAAUGACUUACAGAUUGGUCAAACUGGAAAGAUCAUUGCCCCGGAACUUUAUAUUGCAGUCGGCAUCUCUGGCGCUAUCCAGCACAUUGCAGGAAUUCGUGAGAGUAAAACGAUCGUGGCCAUCAAUAAAGACGCAGAUGCACCCAUCCAUCAGUUUGCCGACUUCAGUUUGACCGCAGAUCUGUUUGAGGUUGUCCCAAAGCUGACGCAGUUGCUUAAAAAAUAA